AUGAACUACUUUGUGAUUGAAGGAUACAAAGAUGCAGCUGAAACAUUUAGUCAAGAAUGUGGACAAUCCCCAAGUAUUGAUGUAGAUUCAAUAAAAGAUAGAAUGAAUAUAAAAAAUGCUAUUCAAAAUGGCAAUAUUGAAGAAGCAAUUGAAUAUGUAAAUGAUUUGAAUCCAGAGGCAAGCAUUAAAUUUGUUAUAUUAGAUACAAAUCCAAAAUUAUGCUUUCAUCUUCAACAACAUCUGAUUU